AUCUUCCAAUGUCGAUGGAAACAGCCCCCUGGGGGAAACCCGACUGGUCGCGCCGUCCGUCCGACAGGUGCACCCCGUCUGCGAUGAGAAGGCUCAGCUCCUGGCCUACGACAAGUGCGACGGAGGAGUCGGAGGCGGUGGAGGGAAGAGAUCCAGUUUGGGAGAGGUGAAUGGAAGCCCUCCUCCGUACCCUAAACGCGCCAGCUUGGAGUCGAACCCCAGUCCGACGUACCCUCUAACGCCCAACAUUUGCGUCGAGGGUGGCCGCAUCGAGUUCAUAAAGCCGCCCCCAGAAGGCGACACCGCAGCCACCACUCCGACGGAAACGCCUCCGACGCCGCCCGCGACGCCCCGCGUCGUCCGCGUCACCGUCACGCGCGCCCUGCAGACAGAUGAUGCAGACAAUAAGUGCGAGGAUAGAAAGGAGAAAUUGGAAGCCCGCGUGGCGGAAUUGGAGGCGGCCCUGGACGAUGCCCAGAAAACCGAACAACGAGACAAGCAGACCAUUGCCAAAUUGCAGAAGCAGAUUGCCAAA